UAUCGAUGUAUCGAUAAGUUGGCCUUAUCUCCUCUUUCACCGACCCUACGAAGCUCUUACGUUGCUGGCACUACGUUCCGUCCCCUACGUUCUUACGCAACGCAACUGGGAAAACCGAAUCCAUGGCCACCGCCGCAGCUGUAGCAAAAGUGGGAAAAUCUGUGCACCGCAUCUUCGUGGGCAAUCUGCCGUGGACAGUGGGCCACCAGGAGCUGCGCGGCUACUUCCGCGAGUUCGGACGCGUGGUGUCCGCCAACGUGAUCUUCGACAAGCGCACCGGCUGCUCCAAGGGCUACGGCUUCGUUAGCUUCAACAGCCUGGCUGCGCUGGAGAAGAUCGAGAACGAGCAGAAGCACAUACUGGAGGGCAACUACCUCAACAUACAGAAGUCUUAG